CUACCUAUUUCCUUAUUUCUAGCCAAUCAUCCAUGUCCCAAUUCUAAAACAACCAGUCAACUAACCUCAGAGAUCUCUCUCUCUCUCUCUCUCUCUUUUGUUGGGCUUUUCUUCUUUGAUCUAAACAGGUUUUUUUUUUUUAAGUGAGUUUAUACUGCUAGAGAAAGAAGAAAUUAUUUCAGUGUACGGUUCGAUUUGACAAUCUGGCGGAGUUCGGUUUCAAAAGGAGAGUUUUUGAAGAAACGUUAUUGUUUGGUGAGGCUUCUGGAGAGAAGCUGAUUCGAGUUCAACUCUGGCCGACACUCUAAACAUAUCUUCACAAUCCAGAGCAAGUAAUGAUAUUUUCUUUUCCAAUUUCGGUUUGUGUUUGGGCUGGACUUUGUCAUUAGUUUCACGCCUGCCCAUUGAUUACGGCUAACUUUUGACUCGAUAAGAAGAAGAGAUUUCCAAUGUAAUCUACGUUUAUUGAGAACCUUUCUGCCAUAGUUCAAUUAUUAUUCAUUAGAGAUGUGAGCAGCAAUUGCGUAAAGAAGAAGUAGAAGUGCAUACUCUGGUUUUCUUGAGGAUUGUGAGCAAACCCAUCUUCUAAAAUGGCAAAACUCAAUUGCUUUGCCUUGCUUGUUGGAAAGAAGAAGAAAGAUAAGGGGAAUAAGGAAUCUUUGGGAAAUGAUGAACACAAGGGCCAGAAAACCCUGCAAGUCAAGAUUGAACACCCUGUGAACUCGUCCAAGAGUGAAGAGUUAGCUUUGACGACUUUCACCGUUGAGGUACCUUAUAGCAUCCCAAACAACUCUCAGUGCAGCGUCAAGGUUAUGAGCCAUAAGAGUCCUGUUGGGGAUGAAGUAGUAGAGGUAGCUUAUGAAGGGGAAGAUGAACAUGAAGAGAACUCCCCAAUGAAGAAGAACUACUCUGACUUUGAUCUCUCUGCUCAUGAGGAUCUUUCUGGUGAUAAAGACUCAGGUUUGAGAAAUGCAAAUGCGGAUUUCUCUUAUCCAAGUGAUACUUUGGUGAAAGAACAAUUUGAUGACAAAGAUAGUGAAAAGGGUGUUGAUAUGAUUCAAACCGGACAUAUUAGUGAUCCCGGAGUUGGGAAGGCUGAGUUCUGGAGUUCCCCAAAGCUUAACCGUUCAUGCUCCAAUGUGGAAACAAGAGAUUUGCUUAGGAAGAUAGCUGAUCUUCAUUUGCCUCCUUCCAAGUCACAGUCUUUUGAACAGUUGCAGGAAUUAUCUGAAAAAGUGAGGCAGAAUAUUGAUCCUGGCAGCCCCAAGUCUGUAAUGACCCACUGCAGUGCAGACAGGGUGAUGUUGAAGAAGCAUUCUUCAAGCCAAGUUCUCCCCUCUAGAAGUAGAAGAUUGUGGUGGAAAUUGUUCCUCUGGAGCCAUAGAAACUUGCACAAUGCAUCAUGGGCCAUGAAAUCACACUCACUUCCGACUAGAGCUGUGUUGAAUCCACAAGGUGGUUAUUCUUCAGAUACACUUGAACCAAACCAAACUAUGGAAUUGGGCAAGAUGGCAUCACCUGGAUCAUUUACUGGAGAGUCCUUGAACAAAGGAGACAACAACAACAAUGGUAACAAAAGCUGGAAUGCUUUUCAGAAUGGAGCUUCUGGUUUGUGGCCCCAGAACCAAUGGGUUGCUUUCUCUUCCGAUUCAUCCCCCUUUGCAAGAGUAGAUGAGUGGGUAAAAGGUCUCGAAACGCAAUAUCCAAUUCCAGUGAUUGAUAACUAUGAAAAUGAUGAGGGCAUUACCUUCCCACCUUCUCCUGAGACUGGUAAAUCACCAGCAAGAAGUCCAACUCACUUGACCCGGCAGCAUGAUAUCAAUUUUACAGAGGAGAUUUUGCAUGCCAAUAGUGUCAUAGAGUCUCUGAAUUCCUCCUCAACAGUGGCUCACAUCUCGGGUAUUGGCUUAAAAGCUAUCCCCAUCAUUUCAAGCUUCUUAAGUCUUCGAUCUGUCAACUUGUCAAAUAACUUCAUAGUCCAAAUUACUCCAGGAUCUCUCCCAAAAGGCCUUCACACACUCAAUUUGUCAAGAAACAAAAUCAACACCAUUGAAGGACUCAGAGAACUAACCCGAUUACGGGUGCUUGAUAUCAGUUACAACCGCAUUUCUAGAAUUGGACAUGGGUUGUCCAACUGUACACUAAUAAAGGAGCUGUAUGUUGCUGGGAACAAGAUUAGUGAUGUUGAGGGACUACAUAGGCUAUUGAAGUUAACAGUCCUGGACCUGAGCUUCAACAAAAUAACAACAACAAAAGCACUGGGCCAGCUUGUAGCCAACUACCACACUCUGCAGGCUCUUAAUCUGUUAGGGAAUCCAAUCCAGAGCAAUAUCAGUGAUGACCAGCUUCGCAAAGCAGUUUGUGAUCUUCUUCCAAAGCUAGCGUACCUGAACAAACAGCCAAUUAAACCUCAGCGGGCAAGGGAGCUACUGACAGAUAGUGUUGCCAGAGCAGCACUUGGGAACAGAAGCUCUCGUAAAAAAGCGGUGAAGAGAACAAGCCAGUCCAAAUCAGUUUAUGCCUCUGGGCAUAAGAGCAGCGCAAGUGUUGUGCAGAAAAGCAAGAACAGGUCAAAAAGCCAAGCUCAUCGGCAAAUGUCCCUAAUGAAAGCACCAGCUGCAGAGGCUUCUACAUCCCAUUAGAUUGUGUCCCAUUCUCCCGAAAUCUAUUUCCAUAUUUCAGUUUUUCUUUCUUGUGUUUCUUUCUCUUGGAAGACAGUUUGCAGGCUAGGCAUCUUCUGUCUUUGGCUGUUUGAUGAGAGUUUCAUAAAAAUGCAAAUGCAAUGUAAUUGGAAUGCAGUGUUGAGGUCUUUACGUUUUGGUUUGCUCUGAUUCAUCAUGAGCAUCCAAUUUGGACAAAGUAUUAUGUUUCUCAUUAUAUUGGAUAGUUGUGAACUAGCA